ACCUGGUUAAAAUCUUUCAAUCAACAAAUAGAUGUACUCCACAGUGCAUCAGCAUGGCUAAUUAGACCGUUUCAUGUCAGCUAACAUUAUUGAUAAGAUGUCUUAAAAAUCAUUACGUUUAAUAGGAAAAGGGGUAUUUUAGACUACUUUCUAAUCAUGAAAAAGCUUAAAUCUGGGAAAAAAUGUUGCUAAUGUGCACAAACCCCUGAAGUAUACAUUGACUCACUGGUAGUUACGUUUUAUGUUCCAGUCUUCCUUUAACCAGAGAGAACAGGGCGUUUAAAUACAUUUAAGUGGUUAAACAUAUUAAUAAUGUAGUCUAUAAAAGCCUAACAGAAGCAUGUUUCUGUCGACCCGUUAAAGUAAUUAAAUGUAUGUACUUCCUCACAGGGAAAAUGGCCGGUGCACUGUGUGUUAGUUUUGGGGCGAGUUUAUCAAUUUUACAUACAUUUUACCAACAUUUUUAUGCAUGUAAAACUCACAUUCUGCCUCUGAGUGCAUAUGUAUAUUUAAAUGUGUUAGAAAAAAAAGAUCGCACGGUGCAGGUGCAGCUGAGGUUAAGCAAACAUAAACACCAAGUUUAAAGUAUUUGAAGCCUUGUUUAUAAAAGACGCUAGCUUUGAAGAUUGAGAGAUAAAAGGCUACAUGGAGCGUAAAAUGAGGGCAUUCCCAUCUUUGUAUUUAUUCAAGGUACUUUCAGACAUUUUUAAAACGGUGAAAAAAAUUCCUUAUAUGAUGAUCAAAGUCAUUUCGAUCGUUUUUUUUAGCUUAAAAGCAAAUGAAACUGCAUCUAUUAAAGGUUAAAAACUGGUAAAUUGUUAAUGUGACAAAGAUGGAAUCAUUUUUCAUAUACAAAUAUGUACUUUAAAAAAAAGUACACAUUUGUACAUUUGUCCUAAGUACACUUAAGAAUUCACUGUCCUAUGCUGUGUAAAAUGAAAAUAAAAACAACAAUGGAGUGAUCUGCAAAUUUUAUAAAUCCAUAUUUUACUCUCAGUAGAACACAGAAAACAUAUGAGAUGUUUCGACUGAGACGGGUUUAAUCAUGUAAAAUAUUAGCUCAGUUUGAAUUUCUUUUAAGCAACAUAUCUCGAAGAUGCUGGGCUGGAGGGGGAGACGGGUGGAGGAACAUUUUGCAACUAACUUAAUUGGCAGCAGAGCAGAGUAACAUGACUGAGCAUUAAAACAGCAUCUUAAAUAGACAGAGAUUCAUCAAUCUGGAAAAAAUGCAUCUGCAAAAUUGUGGAACAAUUUCAGAGUAACAUUUUGAUGCAUGACCAUUAAUCAAUGGCCAUGAGUAUCAUUCACAGCGAGUUGGAGAAGUGAAGAAGUCACUUGGAUGAGUGAUGAAACGUUUCUCCCACUGAAAACGUCCAGAUGAAUAGAAUCAACUUUGUGGGAUUUUAGAGUAAUGUUUUUCAAUGAAAAUUGCAAAGUCUUUGAAUAUUUCAUCAUCUACAGUAUAUAAAAUUUAAAAGAUAAUCUGGAGAAAUCUCUGUGCACAAGGCGGGAACAGGCUGGAAAUUAAAACUGGACGCUUGUGAUCUUCCGGCCAUCAGGCGGCGCUGCAUCAAAAACAGAUGUGAAUCUGCCAAAAACCAGUCACUGCAGGGCUCAGAAACAUUUUGAGAAGUCGUCUGUGAACACAGUUCAGUGUGCCAGCCACAAAUUAUUAUAAAACAUUCAUGGAGCGUCCUCUGGACUGAAGAGGAGAGGGACCAUUGAUAUCAGUGCUCAGUUGAAAAGCCUGCAUGUCUGAUGGGAAUGCUGCCUGACUGUGCAAGCAACUAGCAUAUGUUGCUACCUAUGGAGCAACAUAUGCUCCCAUCCAGACCAGGUUUUUUUUCUGGGAAAUCCUUGUAUAUUUCAGCAAGACAAUGAUAAUGAUAAGCCACAUACUGCAUCUAUUCCAGCAGGAUGACUUCAUAGUAGAAGAGUCCAGGCUGGCAGCUACCAAAGGCAUCAAGGUUCCCCGUCGGGAUUUCCUGAAAGUCAACAUUAGAAGCACCUGCGAUGACAUCAUAAACUACGUGUUGGAGCGGGUCCCACCACCUCGUCCAGGUCUGCCCCGACCCCGAUUCUCCCUCUACCUGUCCUCCCAGCUUCAGUAUGGUGUCGUUGUGGUCUACCACCGGCAGUGUGCUAUUCUUCUGGAGGAACUUCAGUCCAUUGUGGGAAAGCUGGUCAAACAGAGAACCUCACAGAAAAUUGAUAUGGAUGACCACAGCAGACCAUCUCUGGUCCUGCCAGAUGUCCUGACUCUGCUGGAGGAGACAGACGGAACUCCUGACCCUUUAUUUGGAGUGAUGCAGCUGCAGGAUGCCAUGCCCAGCCCCAGUACACUAAUACAGAUGAGUUGGGAGUAUCUGAGAGAAGCUUCUCCUGAGCAUCCUGAACUGAUCAGUCCAGCUGCUGCACUGGAAAACGGUAUAACAGUGUCUCCAGAGGCUAUCACUCUGAGAGAGGCGGAGCCUGUUGGUAUCCCCGUUACAGAGUUUGAGGGUGCAGAGCUGGUUGAUGACCAUCCAGAUACUAUUGACUUCCUGAUGGCACAAACAGAUCACUUUCCAGAAGGAGAUUUGGAGAUACCGGGAGAAAAGGUGGCGGCAGGGGAACAAGAAAAAGAGGUGGAACGGGAAGAACAAGAGGGCGACCUGGAGAAAUACGGAGCAAAGGAGCUCACAGGAUCCACUCUAGAGUUGCAGCCCACUACUCUUUCCAGUGAGGAGGCUAUUUUGUUGCCUCAGGAAGAGCCAGGCCUGCCCGCAGAGAAGCCCCCCACAGACCAGCUCACCCCCGUCCCUGUGCCCGGCCUGCCUUCUCCGCCCUCUGCAGCAAAGGAACGUGAAAGGCGUCUAAGAAGUCUGGAGUUAGAGGAUGUGGCUUCACCAGAGAUGAAGAAGAGGAAGAGGAGAAGGAGGCAGCUGAUCUUCUUUGACCCAGUGACACAGCUCUCCCAGGACGAUCUGCAGCGACAGAUCGACGACCCUUUGACCGAAACGAGGCGACCACUCCUUGCCCCGCUUUCCUUUCAAAGGAUCCUUCCUGCUGCGGAUCUCUUCAACAAGCCCUGCACCUUCUUGCCUGAAGAGGUUCAGUUUCUAUGGCGACAGAGUGCAACCAUCACACCCCUCUCAGGCUCGGACCUGCAAGUUGGGGAGCGAGGCCCCGAAUCCACUGAUUCUGAAAGGGAGAGAGAGCGUGAGAUGAUGGAGAUUCCCGAAAGAGAGCAGGUCCUCAGAGAAAUGGCAGAAACAGAGAUGCUUGAUAUUUCAGCACAGGGUACACUCCCACUGGAGGGCAGUGACCAGAGAGAGGUGUCUCGAGAGAUCUCCCCCUUAUAUCUAUCCGAAGGGUGAGUCCACUCUCUCCAGGUCUAUUUCUACACUGAGGGACAUCCCAGAGGUGUCGGACGAGUUGCCUGGGAGAGUAGCCGCAGAGUCACCUCG